CCUGUUUUUGUCUUCACAGCGGCACCCGCCCUUGGCUCCGUGCCCAGUGCCACCGAACCUCGCGGGAACCACGGCAACGCUUCCCGGCGCCCAUGGAGUUCAUGGAGACUGGCACACUGACUUCCCUUCCCAGGAUCCUUUGCUCCACCAUCUGCGCCGGCAGCUUAAAGAGGUGUCUGUCUCCUACGAGGAAGCCCAAGCUAAGGUGGAGGAGCGUGAGGCCCGGAUCCAGGAGCUGCAGGACACCAUCACCGAGCUGCACCAGGAGAUAUCCCUGAAGGACGAGGACAAGCUGGGCCUGCUGCAGGAGCUGCACCUGCUGGAGGGCAAGGUGAAGAAUCUCACCCUGGAGGCGAGUUCGGGUCAGGUGAGGUACGGCGUGUCCCCGACGCGGCAGACAGCAGGGAGGAGCACGGAACUCCUGAAGGCAGAGCUUGCGCGUCGGGAUGCCACCAUCCAGAGGCUCAGACGGGAUAUAUUGCUCUCUCACCAGGCCCGCGAUGCGCAGACCGCCCAGCUGGACGCCCAGGAGCAGCGGAUCUCCCAGCUGCGGAGGGAGCUGCAGGAGGAGCAGCAGGAGCUGCAGAAAGGGCACAGCCGCACCCAGCAGCUGCAGAGGGACCUCCUCUCCACGGCCAAGCAGGCAGAGGAGCUCCGCGCGCAGGUCUCGGAGGUGAAAGGUCGUCUCGUGCAGGUGGAGGGGGAGAAUGAGGCACUCAGGGGGUUUAAAGAGCAGCAGAGUGCUGAGGUGGACAGGCUGUCGGCAGAGCUGUGCUCCCUGCAGGCGGUGCAGAGCGAGAGGGGGAGCAGGGAGGCAGCGGAGGUGGAGAGGAGGCUCCUGGAGCUGCAGAGGGAGCUCUCUGAAACACAGGACCAGCUGAAAGAGCGUCAAGACAAAGCGCAGGAGGCCAGCCAGAGAGCACAGGAGGAGAUAGAGAAGCUGAAGACAGAGGUGUCCAGUCUGAAGGUGCUUCACAGCUCAGCCAGACAGCAGCUGCAGGAGAGGUCUGUGGAGGAGCGGAGGCUGCAGAAGGCGUUGGAGGAGCUGCAGGUGAGGGAGAGUGAGAGGGAGAGAGGCUGCACAGCCAUGCAGCUGCAGCUCGGACGCACCAGGGACGAGCUCCACAGCGCCACCCACAGGUUUCAGCAGCAGGAGCGUGCAGCUCAGGAGCAGGGGGAGGAACGGCAGCGGUUGGAAGAGCGCUGUGAAAAGCUGCAUGGGGAGGUGAGCCAGCUGCAGGAACAGCUGGAGAUCGAGAGGGGAGCGCUACAGAGACAGCUGUGUGAGAAGGAGGAAGAGCUGGAGAAGAUGACGACUGGACACAAGCAGCUGAAGGACAAGGUCGUCGCCGCAGAGCGCAAGGUGGAGCAGACCGAGGCGCAGGCGGCUCGGCUGCAGCGGGAGGCGGAGCUGGCGGGGCGCUGGAGGCGGGAGGAGUGGGAGUGGAGAGACCGCUGCCACAGGGCCUCGGAGGAGCUGCGGAUCAGGGACACAGAGCUGGCGGAGGUGCGGCGUGCCCGGGACACCGCCCUCAGGGGCCUCAAACAGCAGGAGGAGCGGGCCCAGAGGCUGGGGGCCGAGAGACAGAGCCUGCAGGAGACGCUGGAGGACCUGGAGUCCCGGCUGGCCCAGCGAGAGGAGAGGACGGCGGCCCUGGCCGCGGAGGCGGGGUCUCUCAGAGCGAGGCUGCAAGCCCAGUGUGACGACACCCACACUCUCCGCCAACAGCUGCUCAGCUCCCAAGAUGCACUGCAGCAGGUGACGGCGGAGCUGAGGGCCUGCAGGGUUCACAUGGAGGAGCAGGAUGCCCAGAAUGUGGAGCAGGUGGAGGAAAUCCAGGCAGAGCUUGUUCAGCUUCAACAGCAGUACACCACCUGCUACAGCCAGCUGGUGCAGGAGGAACAGGCUGUCUCCAGGCUGAAGGAGGAGCUGGGGGAGGAGGGGGUGCAGAAGGAGAAUCUGGCCUCUCAGGUGAUGGAGCUCAGUGCAGAGACCCAGAGACUGCAGCAGGAGCUGGAGCGGCUCUCAGAGAAACACAAGGCAGCCCAGCAGGAGGUGGUCAGCAGGGAUGAAACCAUCCUGAAUCUGACAGCUGAUCUGAGGACAGCCCAGGAGCAUCUGAAGACAGCGCAGGAGGAGCUGUCAGGCCAGGUCCAGGAGGCGCAGGAGCGAGCGGAGGAGGUGAAGGCCCAGCAGGAGGAGGUGGGGAGACUGCGGGAUGCUGUGAGCCAAAGGGAGGCCACCAUAGCAGAGGAGCAGGAGCGAGUGACACAGCUGCAGCAGGAGAGAGACGGCCUGCGAGCUCAGUGUGAGGGCCAGCAGGGGGCGCUGAGUGAGCUGAGGGGGGAGGUGGAGCGGCUGCAGGCGGAAGCGGGGGCUCAGGGGGAGCGCUGGGAGGAGGAGGUGCGGGGCCUGUGGGAGGAGCUGCAGGAGGCGCAGGCCCGGGUCCAGCAGCACCGCGGGAGCGCCGAGCAGCUCCGAGCCGAGCUGGACCAGGCCCAGACGCAGCAGAGAGAGGCGGAGGAGCAGUCUUCUCAGAGACAGACCAAGCUGCUGUCUCAGGAGGUGGAGCUGAGCAGACUCAGGACCGCCCUCCGGGGGGCGGAGUCAGAGGCUGCGGACGCAGAGGCCCGCCUCCAGGCCCUGUCCGGAUCCCUGGACGUCUGCAGGCAGAAGUACCAGACCUGCCUGGGCAAGGUGACCGAGCUGGAGAGGACCAUGCAGGCCAAGGAGCAGGAGCUGGAGGAGGCGCGGGCACAGGUGUCGGAGGGUGAGGACCAGGCUCUGCGGCUGCGCGCGGAGGUGGCGGUGUUGCACAGCGACCUGCAGACGCACCGCGCCCAGCUGGAGAGCGGCGACGACGCGCUGAGCGCUCUGAGCCUGCAGCUGCAGGAGCUGCAGAAGGAGCUGCAGGACAGCCGCAGACACGCGCAGGAGUGCGAGCAGGUCAUCGGCACCCUGAGGGAGAGCUGCGCAGAGCUGCGCGGACAGCUGGAGGAGCGGGAGGAGACAGUAGUGAAGAUCCAGGCAGAUUUCUCAGCCUACAGAGCGACCCACAUCCACCCAGACUCGGACUACGACUCACAGCUCUCCCACAUACAGGAGCUCCAGCAGGGGCUGGCCCGUGCUGUGGAGCAGUGCGCUCAGAGCAGCCAGGAGCUGAGCGACUGUCAGAGGGAACAUAGGCAGCUCAGGGAGGAGAUGUGCCGGCUCUCAGAGCAGAGAAACUGCAGCCAGACAGAGGUGUUGCGGCUGCAGGAGGAGGUGCGGCAGCUGCAGGGGGAGGUGGUGGCGGAGGUGCAGCGCGGUCAGGCGGAGGUGAGCAUGCUGGAGCAGCGAGCAGCUCGGCUGGAGGAGGACCUGCAGUCUGCACUGAGGCAGUGUGCCCAGAAAGAGCAGGCUGUGCAGAAGAGGGACUCCCUGCUGCGGAGGUCAGAGGCCGACCUGACGGAGGCCCGCGAGGCGAUCCGAGGCAAGGCGGCAGAGGCAGAGAGGCAGGCCACGCUGACCCGGGGGCUGGAGGCCGACGUGCAGAGGCUGAAGAGAGAGAGCCGACAGAGGGAGAAGGAUUGCACCGCCCACAGGGCGGAGCUUCUGCAGCUGAGGGAGGAGCUGAAGGAGGCGCACACUCGCUGCAGGGACACAGCUCAGGAGCUGGCUCGGCAGGAGGAGAAGGUGGUGCUGGUGGAGGGGGGGCAGCUGCGGGCGCAGGAGCAGCUGGGGGAGAGGGUGGCGGAGGUGGUGCGGGCGGAGAAGGCCCAGAGGAAGCUGCAGGCGGAGCUGCGCAGACUGAAGGAGCAGCUGGACAGCGCGGAGCACGAGAUCCAGGGCUACAGGGGCCUGGUGGAGAGACUGAAAGGGGAGGCCAGUGAGAGCCGGAAGGCCCAGCUCAGCGCCCAGCAGGACAGCGACAGACACCAGCAGGGGGCGCUGCAGCUGCAGGAAGAGCUGGCCAGCUGCAGGCAGAUGGUCAAAACUCUGCAACAGCAGCUGCAGGAGCAGGUGGAGGCGGGGCAGGCGCUGCGGGGGGAGGUGCUACAGGAGCAGCGCCGGGCGCAGGAGCUGCAGAGCCGGGCGCAGAGCGGCAGGGAGAGGGAGGCCAGCCUGGAGACCGAGAGCGAGGAGCUGAGGAGCAGGCUGACCGCAGCGAGCAACCUGGUGCGGGAGCAGGAGAAGCAGUUGUGCAGCCUUCAGGAGCGUGUCUCCGAGCUCCACAGCGCCACCCUCAGGCUGCAGGGGGAACAGGCCGCCUGCCAGGCCCAGCUGCAGCAGUGCAGGAAGGAGCUGGAGGCCAGCGAGAACCACCGCCAACGACGCGGCCAGGAGGUGGCUGUGCUGGAGGACUCGGUCUCCGUGCUGAAGGCGGAGCUGGAGCAGGCUCGGGACCGGGGCAGGCAGGAAGCCAGAGAGAGGGCCGCCGCUGAGCAGAGCCUCAAAGAGCUGAGGCUGGAGCUGGCCACUGCUCAGGGCUCCCAGAGGGAGAGCAUGGAGCUGCUGGCGGAGCGCAGUCGUGAGGCGGCGGGUCUGCGCAGCGAGCUGUCCAGGCUGCAGCAGCGCAGUGUGCAGCUGGCCGAGGAGCGAGCCGCCCAGGAGGACAGAGCGAGGCAGCUGAGCGCAGACCUGCAGACGCUGCGGGGUGCCAGCAGACACAGUCAGGACGAGGUUCGGACGUGUGAGGGCAGGCUGGCGGAGCUGAGCGCCCAGCUGUCACGCGCCCAGCGCUGGGGGCAGGAGCAGCUGGCCACGCUCGAGUCCCGGGAGCAGGAGGCCGUGGCGCUGAAGGUGGAGCUGGCCUCCCUCAGGGAGAACUACCAUGCCAAGGCCAGCCAGGUGGAUGUCCUGAACUCGCAGCUGGAUUUGAUGACGCAGAAGUACAGAACAGCAGCCAGUGAGGUGGAGGUGUUGCGGGAGUCUCUGGGGAAUGCUCGCACGGACAGCUCCCGCCUGCACAGGGAGAGCGAGCUGGUCGUCACCAACGUCAACCAGUGGGUGAAGGAGCAGAAAGAGGCCAACGAGAAACUGGGGAGCAGGAUUAAAGAGCAGAGCAAGAAGAUCGUCCACCUCGCGGCGGAGAAGGACCACCUGCAGGAGAACAUGGAGGCCCUGCACAAGGAGAACCGGAGGCUGAAGGCCGAGUUAGACGACAGGAGGAUCGAGGUGGAGAGACUCAGGGCACUCCAGGAGGGUGUGAUUGAGCAGCGCAGUGUCUUUCCCCGACUGCCCAGCCAGGUGCCAGUCCUAGCAUCAGAGCAGGCCCUCAGACAAGGAGAGAACCCGAGGCGAAAGAGGGCCCUGGCCGCCAACCUGCCCUGCAGCUAGCGUGAGACCGGCAUCCCGCCAACGGCCUCACGCCCUGGGGGCGGAGCAGGCCAGAGGAGCACAGCGGAGCAGGCCCCGAUUGGCCAGCCAGAGCCAAUCCUGCUGAAUCUCAGGGAGCGACCUGAGUGGACACACCCUCGCAAUAAAGGCGUGUGAUAGGCUGAAGACACACACGCAGCACUGAACUCCCGCAGUGUCGACCAACGAUGGUGAAUCUGAAAACUGUUACAACUGAACCGAUGGGGUGGUGCUGGAGAUG